GGAGGGAUGAUUGCCCUGCUGCUCUCCAUCCUCUGCCUGGUGAUGAUCCUCUACACCCGCCGGCGAUGGUGCAAGCGACGCCGGGUGCCGCAGCCCCAGAAAAGUGCCAGCGCCGAGGCAGCCAACGAGAUCCACUACAUCCCCUCGGUGCUGAUCGGGGGCCACGGGCGGGAGAGCCUGCGCAACGCCCGCGUGCAGGGCCACAACUCCAGCGGGACGCUCAGCAUCCGCGAGACCCCCAUCCUGGAUGGCUAUGAGUAUGACAUCACCGACCUGCGGCACCACCUCCAGCGCGAGUGCAUGAACGGUGGGGAGGACUUCACCAGCCAAGUCACCCGCACCUUGGACUCACUGCAGGGCUGCAAUGAGAAGGCCAGCAUGGACCUCACGCCAGGGAGCGAUAAUGCCAAGCUGUCCCUGAUGAACAAGUACAAGGACAACAUCAUCGCCACCAGUCCCGUGGACUCCAACCACCAGCAAACCACGCUGCUGUCCCACACCUCCAGCAGCCAGCGCAAGCGCAUCAACAACAAAGCACGAGCCGGCUCAGCGUUUCUCAACCCCGAGGGGGACUCGGGGACGGAGGCAGACACCGACCCCCAGCUGACCUUCUACACGGACCCCUCACGGAGCCGGAGGCGCAGCCGAGUGGGCUCCCCACGCAGCCCCGUGAACAAGACCACACUGACCCUCAUCAGCGUGACGAGCUGUGUCAUCAGCCUGGUGUGCUCCUCCCACAUGAACUGUCCCCUGGUUGUCAAGAUCACCCUCCACGUCCCCGAGCACCUCAUCGCUGAUGGGAGCCGGUUCAUCCUGCUGGAGGGGAGCCAGCUGGAUGCCAGUGACUGGCUGAACCCAGCACAGGUUGUCCUCUUCUCCCAGCAAAACUCCAGUGGGCCCUGGGCCCUGGACCUCUGCGCUCGGCGUCUCCUCGACCCCUGCGAGCACCAGUGCGACCCCGAGACCGGUGAGUGUCUCUGCUAUGAAGGUUACAUGAAGGACCCCGUGCAUAAGCACCUCUGCAUCCGGAACGAGUGGGGAACGAACCAGGGGCCUUGGCCAUACACCAUCUUCCAGCGUGGCUUCGACUUGGUGCUGGGUGAGCAACCCUCCGACAAGAUUUUUCGGUUCACCUACACCCUUGGGGAAGGCAUGUGGCUACCGCUGAGCAAGAGCUUCGUCAUCCCACCGGCUGAGCUGGCCAUCAACCCCUCGGCCAAGUGCAAGACUGACAUGACAGUGAUGGAGGACGCGGUGGAGGUCAGGGAAGAGCUGAUGACCUCCUCCUCCUUCGACAGCCUGGAGGUCCUCCUUGACUCCUUUGGCCCCGUCCGUGACUGCUCCCGGGAUAACGGGGGCUGCAGCAAGAACUUCCGCUGCAUCUCGGAUCGCAAGCUGGACUCGACGGGCUGCGUGUGCCCGACGGGACUGAGCCCCAUGAAGGACGGCACGGGCUGCUACGACCGUCACGUCGGCGUGGACUGCUCAGAUGGCUUCAAUGGGGGCUGUGAGCAGCUGUGCCUGCAGCAGAUGGUCCCCCUGCCCGAGGAUCCCCUGCUCUACAACAUCCUCAUGUUCUGUGGGUGCAUCGAGGACUACAAGCUGGGCAUGGAUGGGCGGUCGUGCCAGCUCAUAUCAGAGUCAUGCCCUGAGGCAGGGGACUGCGGUGAGCCCCGUGAGCUGCCCAUGAACCGGACGCUCUUUGGGGAGAUCUUCUAUGGCUACAACAACCACUCCAAGGAGGUGGCCCCUGGGCAGGUGCUUAAAGGGACAUUCAGGCAGAACAACUUUGCCCGGGGCCUGGAGCAGCAGCUGCCGGAUGGGCUGGUGGUGGCCACGGUGCCUCUGGAGAACCAAUGCCAAGAGGAGCUCUCUGAGCCCACGCCUGACCCCGAGUUCCUCACUGGGAUGGUGAACUUCAGCGAGGUGUCCGGGUACCCCCUCUUGCAACACUGGAAGGUCCAGUCCAUCAUGUACCAUGUCCGGCUCAACCAGCUGACCAUCUCCCAGUCUUUCAGCAACGCACUUCACUCUCUGGAUGGGGCCACGUCCCGUGGAGAUUUCGUGGCGCUGCUGGACCAGUUUGGCAACCACUAUAUCCAGGAGGCAGUGUACGGCUUUGAGGAGUCCUGCUCCAUCUGGUAUCCCAACAGGCAGGUCCAGCGGCAGCUCUGGCUGGAGUAUGAGGACAUCAGCAAAGGCAACUCCCCCUCUGACGAGUCGGAGGAGCGGGAGCGGGACCCCAAGGUGCUCACCUUCCCCGAGUACAUCGCCAGCCUCUCCGAGUCGGGCACCAAGCGUGUGGCGGAAGGGCGGCGGCAGGGCCGCGGGCGCUGCCCCUCCUCCUGCCCCCUCUGCCAUGUCGCCUCCGCUCCCGACGUGCCAGCCGAGCCCAUCCUGCUGGAGGUCACCAAAGCCGCCCCCAUCUACGAGUUGGUCACCAACAACCAGACCCAGCGGCUCUUGCAGGAGGCCACCAUGAGCUCGCUGUGGUGCUCAGGCAGUGGGGACGUGAUCGAGGAUUGGUGCCGCUGUGACUCGAGUGCCUUUGGGGCUGAUGGGCUGCCCACCUGUGCACCUCUCCCACACCCUAUCCUGAGGCUCUCCACAGUUCACGAGCCCAGCAGCACACUGGUGGUGCUGGAGUGGGGGCACUCCGAGCCCCCCAUCGGGGUGCAGAUCGUCGACUACCUCCUCCGACAAGAGAAAGUCACCGACAGGAUGGAUCACUCCAAGGUGGAGACCGAGACGGUGCUGAGCUUCGUGGACGACAUCAUCUCUGGCGCCAAGUCACCCUGUGCCAUGCCAGCCCAAGUGCCCGACAGACUUUCCUCCACUAUCUCCCUCAUCGUGCGCUGCCUGGAGCCCGACACCACCUACAUGUUCACACUCUGGGGAGUUGAUAACACAGGAAGACGCUCCAGGUCCAGUGAUGUGACAGUCAAGACCCCCUGCCCUGUGGUAGAUGAUGUGAAAGCUCAAGAAAUAGCAGACAAGAUCUACAACCUCUUCAACGGCUAUACCAGCGGCAAGGAGCAGCAAACAGCCUACAACACUCUGCUGGACCUGGGUUCCCCCAGCCUGCAUCGAGUCCUUUACCACUACAACCAGCACUACGAGAGCUUUGGGGAGUUCACUUGGCGCUGUGAAGAUGAGCUGGGACCCAGGAAAGCCGGCCUCAUCCUCUCACAGCUGGGAGACCUCAGCAGCUGGUGCAACGGCCUCCUGCAAGAGCCCAAGAUCAGCCUCCAGCGCUCGUCCCUCAAGUACCUCGCCUGCCGCUACAGCGAGAUCAAGCCCUACGGGCUCAACUGGUCAGAGCUCAGCCGGGACCUCAAGAAGACGUGCGAGGAGCAGACGCUGAGCGUCCUUUACAAUGACUAUGGUGACAAGGACUACUGAGGGUUGCAGAUGCCCACUCUCACGCUGGCCUUCCCACGGGCAUUUGUGAGGGUUUUAUACACGGACCCACAGCAGGGGAGGGUGUCGAUGAUGUUUCUGGAGGCAAAAAUUUGGACUGGGGAGUGAAACCGGCUGCCCUGUGC